ACUCCCGCGGCAUGAGUUUCACCGCCAUUUUGCAUCAGCCCUGUUGAAAAGAGUGGGAGCGCAGAAACGGCGGAGAUCUGGCCACUUUAUUUCUAUCUCAACACGUUUCCCUCUGGAUUUAAUCCAACCUAAUCCGAGAUAUAAACUGACAGAUUACAGAGACAUGGCCACAGAGCAUAUAAAUGGGAAUGGUACAGAUGAACCAAUGGAGUCUUCACCUGCUCCUACCCAUUCAGAGCAUUUCCAGACAUUACUAGACGCUGGCCUACCUAGAAAGGUUGCUGUCAAACUAGAUGAAAUUUAUUUAGCAGGUCUCGUCUCUCACAGUGAUCUGGACGAUCGGGCGAUUGAAGCUCUGAAAGAGUUUAAUGAAGAGGGCGCUCUGCAGGUUCUUCUGCAGUUUAAAGACAGCGAUCUGUCGCAUGUUCAAAAUAAAAGUGCCUUUCUGUGUGGCGUUAUGAAGACGUACAGGCAGAGAGAGAAGCAAGGCACUAAAGUGUCUGAUUCUAAUAAAGGACCAGAUGAAACCAAAAUCAAAGCAUUGCUUGAGAGAACGGGCUAUACGCUCGAUGUGACGACAGGUCAGAGGAAAUACGGCGGUCCUCCUCCAGGAUCCACUAAUGCUGGAGUUCAGCCUGCUGUCGGCACUGAGAUAUUUGUGGGCAAGAUCCCGAGAGAUCUCUUUGAAGAUGAGCUGGUUCCUCUCUUUGAGAAAGCCGGACCGAUCUGGGAUCUGCGUCUCAUGAUGGAUCCCCUCAGCGGAUUGAACCGAGGAUACGCAUUCGUCACCUUCUGCACUAAAGAGGCGGCUCAGGAGGCUGUCAAACUCUGUAACAACACUGAAAUUCGACCCGGUAAACACAUUGGUGUUUGCAUCUCUGUUGCCAAUAAUCGUCUGUUUGUGGGCUCCAUCCCCAAGAGCAAAACUAAAGAGCAGAUCGUGGAGGAGUUUGCCAAAGUUACCGAGGGUUUGAAUGAUGUCAUCCUGUACCAUCAGCCAGAUGACAAGAAGAAGAAUCGAGGCUUCUGUUUCUUAGAGUACGAGGAUCACAAAACUGCCGCCCAGGCGCGCCGUCGCUUGAUGAGCGGUAAAGUGAAGGUCUGGGGCAAUGUGGUGACUGUGGAGUGGGCCGACCCCAUCGAAGAUCCUGACCCUGAGGUCAUGGCAAAGGUCAAAGUCCUCUUUGUGAGAAACCUGGCGAGCACAGUAACAGAAGAACAUCUGGAGCAAACCUUCUGUCCAUUUGGCAAACUGGAGCGGGUUAAGAAGCUCAAAGAUUACGCCUUCAUUCAUUUUGAGGAGCGAGACGGUGCUGUUAAGGCGCUAGCUGAAAUGCAUGGCAAGGAUCUGGAAGGAGAACAAAUUGAAAUCGUCUUUGCAAAGCCGCCUGAUCAGAAGAGAAAAGAACGAAAGGCUCAGAGACAAGCUGCUAAAACUCAAAUGUAUGAUGAGUAUUAUUAUUACGCCCCGCCACAAAUGCAUCCAUCAUCAAGACCCAGAGGACGAAGCGUGAGAGGAGCGUAUUCGUACCCCCACGACUAUUACGGCUACGAGGAUUAUUACGACUACUACGGCUACGACUAUCACAACUACAGAGGAGGCUAUGACGAUCCGUACUACGGCUACGAAGACUUUCAAGCUCACGUCAGAGGAAGAGGCAACAGAGGAGUCCGCGGGCCCACACUGCCCAGAGGCCGCGGCUCCGGUGUCGUCAGGGGGAGGGCCGGCUACUCUCAGCGCGGAGGGCUGGGAACCGGCCGGGGUGGGCGCGGCUCCAGAGGCGGAGUCCAGCAGCGAAAUCGAGUGGUACGUGAUUGGUGCAUGGAGCAAUCUUUAACUGUUGGCAGGAGGUUUUAAAACUAUAGGGCACCGUGCGGCCGAAACGGACCAAAGGGUAAGGGGGUCGAGGCUGGUCCUGACCAGGUAGUAUGAAGACUGACUUAUUGUAUGGGGUUACACCGGAUGCUACAGUGUUCAUAAGGGUUAAAGUAGACUCAAUGGUCCAAUGAUAUUCCAGCCUUUAUCGAAGCAUAUCUCCUAUACUGCCACUCCUGACAACCCGGAAAAGUUCAGUCGUCAUCAUAUACCGGACUUUUCCCGUAAGGAGCCUCACUACCCCCCUGGUUAUAUAACUCCAUACUGAAAAAAAAAUUUGGAAUUGAAGUUUUGAAUCCCUUUAUGUCAAACGUGUGUUGCACUUUUAUUUUUGUCGUUUGUUUUUUUUCUCUCUCUGGGUUUGAUGUGGCUCAGAGGAGCGUGAUGCUGAUGUAUAUUUUUGUGCUAACUACAAUUUUCUUGUCGGAAUAUCCAUGUUAACCUAAAAUGUUUUGGUUUGGGUCGAGACCAUCUGCAGGUUUUUGGUGUAACCGCCUCACAUGGGUAAGUCAGGCAUUCCAGGAGCGUGGUUCUUUGAGAACUUGUCGUUUUAAGGGUCGGUUAACUACCUCAGUCGAGAGGAUUCAACCACCCUGCCUGUACUGUAAAUAGGGAAGCUUAAAAGCGUAGGAGCAGGGCUGGUUUCUUAUGAAAUAUGCACGAGGGCAGCGGCUCUGUGUGUAAUUUAAGUCAAUCUGCUGCUGCUCUGGCAUUGCGAUCAGUUAAACUGGGCAUGCGACCGAAUCUCAUGUGAUGAGUUAAAAUGAAAUGAGCCCUGCUCUUAUUGUGUUUUUAACUGAAUUAGCUGGCCCAGACGCUUCUUCAGAUGAUGUAGUUACUGGGUGUAUGAUUGUAUGAUAGUUUGGAAUAAAAUGUUACCUUUUUUUUUGUAUCGGCUUAACGUCACAAAUGCAAGCAACUGCAUUUGUUAAGCCUCGCAGUGUCCGUUUUUCUAUCAGCAACAGGUUUUUUUUUUUUUUUUUUUAGUUUUUUGUCAAAACCAGUUUAGCUUUCUGAGCAACAAGGAAUUAUGUGGGUUUUUUAAUCGAUCAUGAAUUUCAUGGACUGCCGUUGGCUGUAGUGCUCGCCGUCACCGCGGGUUAGCGGAUGGGAAAUGAACUCUGUAGUUUCUGUAGAUAAAGGGACACUGCAGUCUCGGUUUAUAUUCCAUAUAUAGCAAACAGGUGAAUGAACCAUUGACCCGGUUUUGUACACAGUUAACUCCCUCUCAAUGAAGCCGUAACAUUGCAACCUUUUCAAAAGAUGUGAGCAGUUUUAAUCUAUUGUUGGUGGCCAACAAUGUUUUUGCAUUCCAGCAAAUAAAUUGUUUUAUACUGUAAAAUGAGGUGAGUGUAACUUAUUUUUGUAAUAAAGGUUUUGAAUUCUA